AAGCACGCGACGACGCGUCGCACAUGAAAGAAGCAUGGCGGAGCACUCUGUACCGACGUGGUGACCUUCCUUCCCACUGGCAAAAACAUCGUUAUAUAAAUCCUCCCCACCAGACAAACACCAGUAGUUGAACCAACCAAAUCCGAAACUUCUCUCUCUCUCUCUCUCUCUCUCUCUCUCUUCUCUGCAGAACUUUUCCCCAUCACUUUUUCUCGCGAUUCCGGGUUUUUCUUGGGGGACCCUUUUCUGUUCCGGGAAAGAUGAUACAGCUGCUGUACACCGUGAUCCUCGCCGAGAUGGCGCUGAUCCUGACCCUCCUGUUCAAGACCCCCCUGCGGAAGCUGGUGAUCAUGGCCCUCGAUCGGGUCAAGCGCGGGAGGGGCCCCGUCAUGGCCAAGACGGUCGGCGCCACCGUGCUCGUCGUGCUCGCCUCCAGCCUCUACAGCAUGGUCAAGAUCCAGCGCCGCACCGCCGAGGCCGGCGCCGUCAACCCCACCGACCAGGUCCUCAUGUCCAAGCACAUGCUCGAGGCCUCUCUCAUGGGAUUUGUGCUAUUUCUGUCUUUGAUGAUUGAUAGAUUGCACCAUUACAUAAGAGAACUUCGCUUGCUCAGAAAGACCAUGGAGGCAGCCAAGAAACAGAGUCGAGGCAUUGACGAGGGGAAAAAUGGCAGUGCAGAGGAGGUCAAAGGCUUGAAGGAAGAGAUUGCCACCCUGAGGACAAAAGUGAAGAAGCUGGAAACUGAAUACGAGACAAAAGACAAAGAAGCCAAGACAGCCGAAGCCGAAGCCGAGGCUCUAAAGAAACAAUCCGAAGGCUUACUCCUAGAGUAUGACCGCCUGCUUGCAGAUAACCAAAGCCUUCGAAGUCAGUUGGAGUCUAUUGAUCUCUCCAUGUCCAAUUCUGAUGGCAAGAAGAACACUUGACAAGAAGUUUUGUUGGAGCAGGCGAGUUCUUGAUCUAGUUUCAUGAGUGUUUUUUAAAAGAGAUAAUAGUUUUUCGGCAGGGAAGGCAGGGAAGACUGUACGGCUGUCGUGUUGAAUCUGCUUGUACAAACAGAAGAACAAAACCUUGCGAUGAGUGCUGGAAACUUGUUGGUUUUGGGCGGAAUCAGGGUUGUACUAGGUACUUACUCUUUGAUCAUUCCUUAUAUAUGUAAUCAGUAUAGCAUGGCAGCAAAUGGGAUUCUGAAUUUCCUUCUA